AUGGUAGAGGUUUAUGAGUUAUGGACUGUAGUAGUUUCACUCACACUGGUGAUGCUAUGUCACUGGAUCUAUCAGUGGAAGAAUCCAAAGUGUAGUGGAAAACUUCCUCCAGGGACGAUGGGUUUUCCGAUCAUCGGAGAGACUUUCAAAUUCAUGAAACCUCAUGAUGCUUUUCAGCUUCCAGAAUUCGUCAAGAAGAAAAUCCUCAGAUAUGGACCACUUUUUCGGACAAGCUUAUUUGGAGCAAAAGUUAUAAUCUCGACUGAUAUUGGAUUGAACAUGGAGGUAGCAAAGACAAAUCAUGUUCCUGGUAUGCCGAAGAGCUUAGCACGGUUAUUCGGAGAAAACAAUUUGUUUGUACGUAAGGAGUCCCAUAAACAUGUCCGGAGCUUGACCACACAGUUUUUAGGUUCCCAAGGUUUGAAAUUAAGAAUGAUGCAAGACCUUGAUCUCUUGGCUCGCGGACACAUUGACCUAGGAGCUAGUAACGGCUCUCUUGACGUCAAGGAAACAGCAAGCAAGAUCUUGACUGAAUCCCUUGCGAAGAAAAUUAUGGGGGAGAUGGAACCAGAGGCCGCAAAAGAACUCGCAUUAUGUUGGAGAGAUUUCCCAAAGGGGUGGUUUCGAUUCUCAUGGAACAUUCCUGGCACUGGUGUCUAUCGAAUGAUGAAGGCAAGAAAGCGAAUGAUGAACAUACUAAAGGAGACGGUGUUGAAAAAGAAAGCAUCAGGAGAGGAGCUUGGGGAGUUUUUCAAAAUGUUAUUUGGAGAAAUGGAAGGAAAAGCUGAAACGAUGAACAUAGAGGAUGAGAUCGAGUACAUUUUCAUUUUCUUUUUGAUUGCUAACGAAGCAACUCCUAGCGUCCUUGCGGCAACAGUAAAGCUCAUAAGCGAUAACCCGAAAGUCAUGCAAGAACUGACGAGAGAGCAUAAGCGAAUAGUCCGGGAUAGAAAUGACAAGGACAAGGAGGCCAGCUUAACAUGGGAAGACUACAAAUCAAUGACUUUCACCCAAAUGGUGAUAAAUGAGUCGCUAAGGAUCACGAGCACGGUCCCAACGGUGUUUAGAAUAAUUGAUCAUGAGUUCAAAUUUGGUGAUUAUACAAUUCCAGCUGGUUGGAUCUUCAUGGGCUAUCCUAAUGUCCAUUUCAAUCCAGAGAAGUAUGAUGACCCUUUAGCAUUUAAUCCAUGGCGCUGGAAGGAAAAAGACUUAACUGCAAUCCUCUCCAAGACUUUCAUACCCUUUGGCGCUGGUUCUAGACUAUGUUUAGGAGCUGACUUCGCUAAGCUGUUAAUGGCCACUUUUAUCCAUCAUUUGUGUAGAUACAGGUGGUCAAUGAAGACAGAGACUACAGUACUUCGAAGGUUUAUACUUAUGUUUCCAGGUGGAUCUGAUAUUCAAAUCUCUAAAGACACCGAGGUGGAUGAUUCUGCUGGUUAUUAGAGUGGUUAUAUUCAAUUUGAGGUUGUUGGUUGCAUGCUUUAUGUUGAACGGUUCUGAUUAAUGAAUAAAAAACUAUCUUGUAAGAAACAGUCAGUGAUCAGAGUGUGUGUAUGCUUCUACUGAAUGAAUAAAGUAAGAUGCACUUUGUAUAGAGA